AUGGCCCCUGACUCAGCCCCCGGUGGAGGCUCGCUCAGUGGCCGGAGCCUCAGCAGGACCAUCGGCCUCCCUCUCCAGACCUCUGAGGAAGGAGUCGGUGGGACGUACAUCCUGAGCACCGUGCCCGGAGACCGACCAGAGUUUAUCGGGUUGGUCCUGGACGCCUCGUCGUCCAGAGCCUCCCUCCUACCGGACAGGUUCGAGACCCUGAAGGGGCUCAUCAACACGGCCACAAGGUUUCCGGAUCUGCCCCUCCACAUAAACGUCAAGGAGCUCAGGGCAGUCCGGCUGGUGUGCAUGGCCUUCCGCUCGCACUUGGAGGACCGGGUGGUCAGGGUCCUCAUGGACAACACGGUCUCGAUGUUCUACAUCAACAUGCAAGCUGCCACCCUGAAGUUUCUGGCCGUGCUCCUGGCCGCAGGGAUGCUCGCUUUCCUUGGUGCAAUCAUUUGCAUCAUCGCGAGCGUCCACCCUGCGGCCAGCCCCGCCGGAGCUCUCCGGGGUGCUGACAAUGACUCCAGCGCCGCCGCCGCCCUGCUGCCGGCCUCCGCCGCCGACAAGGGGCCGGGCGCUCUCCACGGUGCUGGGCAGAGCUUCUCGGGCGGCCCCCAGGACUCCCUGCUGGAGCUGCUCUCCAGCAGCGCCCGGCCCCGCCAGCAGCAGCACCACCAGCAGCUCUUCAGCCGCUUCCUCUGCACGCCGCUGCCGGCCGAGUGCCCCUCCGACAGCCCCCCGCCGGGGGACGGCCCCGCGCCCGCCGAGGACCUCUUCUUCCUGCACGCCGCGGCCGAGCAGCUGAGGCAGACGGCGCUGCAGCAGAAGGACCAGAUCCUGAGCGACCAGGAGACCAUCCGCGAGCUGACGGGCAAGCUGAGCCAGUGCGAGAGCGGGCUGGAGCUGAGCUUCCAGGACAGCGCCUCUCUCUGGGGCGGGCCCCGGAAAGACACCAUGGGCGACCUGCCCUGGGACUCGCCAGCCAUGGUCCAGGAGCUGGAGGAUGCUGUCCGGUCGCUGAAAGACAGGAUCGACAAGAUAGAGCAGGAGCUCCCAGCACGAGCCAACAUCUCCACCUCCUCCUCCCCUGUGCUGACCCGAGAUGUGCUCCACACCAAGAUGGAGGAGAUAGAGGAGCAGCUCCUCUCCAAGAUACUGUCUCUGGAGAAAGAACGCUCCUCCGUUACCAGCAACAAUGACCAGCAGCAACAAGAGGUGGAGAAGGAGCUGAGCGUUCUCCAGAGCCGAGUUUCUGAGUUGGAACAGGGAGCACCAGACUUUAACCCGCCAGAUGCCUACAAGGUGACCAUCCCCGUACGGACCAACUACAUGUAUGCACGCAUGAAGAAGAGCCUGCCGGAGCUUUUCUCCUUCACAGUCUGCAUGUGGCUGAAGUCCAAGGCCUCCUCAGGGCUGGGCACUCCUUUCUCCUAUUCUGCCCCCGGGCAAGCCAAUGAGAUUGUGCUGAUGGAGUGGGGACACAACCCCAUGGAGCUGCUCAUUAACGACAAGGUUGCCCAGCUGCCCCUGAAUCUGAAGGAUGGGACAUGGCACCACAUCUGCAUCGCUUGGACCACCCGGGAUGGCGUAUGGUGGGCGUAUGAGGAUGGUGAGCAGCGUGGGUCCAGUGAGAACCUGGCCGCCUGGCAUCCCAUCAAACCCCACGGGGUGAUAAUCCUGGGCCAGGAGCAGGAUACGCUGGGCGGGCGAUUUGACGCGACCCAGGCCUUUGUCGGCGAGAUAGCUCAGUUCAACAUAUGGGACCAUAUCCUGACACCCACCGAGAUCCUGGGCCUGGCCAACUGCACCUCCCACCUGCAAGGCAACGUGAUCCAGUGGGACGACGAACUAGUGGAGGUCCUUGGGGGCGCCACCAAGUGGAGCUUCGAGAUGUGUGAGGAGAGGAUGAAGGCCUGA